GGAGGAGCUCCAUGCUCGGAUGGAUCGAGAGGAGGAGCAACGGCUGGAGCGGUUGCAGUCUUGCAGAGAGAGUUGGCGGGUAGAGAUAAGUACAUGGCGGACCAGCAGCGUGUUAGAGACUUGGAGACGGGUACUGCAGUCCAUGAUGUGGGUGGGGUAGAGCAUAGCGUUCCUACAGUCCCGCACGCCGGUGUAGCCGACGCAGUGAUACCCGACACCCCAGCGCCCGAGACGUUGCUCCAGGGAGAUGUGGACUCCGGGUCUUACAUAGGAGGAGAGUUAGGUGCGUCUGAGUAUGGAGAUCCGACCGUGUCCGACGUCAUACUUGGAUUGUGUGCGGCGGGCUCGUUGCAGCCAGGCGAUCCAGCCACUCCAGAGGCAGUUCCUAUGGACGGCGAUUCAGGCGAGUUGGAUGGAGGCCGCAGACCCGAUGCGGAGGGCGAUGAUGGGGCGGGUGAUGCCGACCGUCUUGCACCUGUGCACAGUACCGGUCGAGGUCGAUCGUCACACGGGCCGAUUGGGGGUGACGCAUGUGGACUUGUACAGGGCGAUGCACAUGUGGACGACGCCGGAGGCAGUAUGUCGUGGGUGUUGGUGUUGCGUCAUCCUUCACCGGUGGCGCACGAGGAUGCGUCACAUCCUACGGAGGGUAGAGGUGGUGUUGAUGAGGAGGGGGAGGGCGGUACUGCACAUGACCGUCCUGACCCAGUGAGAGCAGAUAUGGAGGAGGGGCAGAUUACACUGGGCCUACUUGACCUUAACGCGUUGCACCGUGCGGCAGUGGAGGAUCCGAUUAUCACACGACCUGGAGGAUCUGUCGGUGUCAUAGUUCGCUCGCCCCCGCUGUACACACCUUUAAGCCCUUUGUAUUCCGGCUCUCGUGCGAGCUUGGAGUGCGAGCAGCAACGUUCAGAGUCUAUUAGAGCAGCGGCUUUGGGUGCACGCACGACUCGCAUCCCCCCAGUUACACCUCCUCCACAGACUACGGUCCGCGGCAGUCCGACAACUGUCACGGGCAGAGAGAGAGAGAGAGGUCACAUGUCGUCGUCGUCAUCGCCUUGUCUAGACACGCAACAGUCGCUUCACCGUCCGUGGAGCACAGUGCGACGAGUUGAUGACGGUGUGCGAGGUGAUUUCGCGGCGAACCAGGCACGGUUGAGGGAGGAGCAGAGACCUGCACCGAGUUUGAGGACUGCUUAUCACAUUCUCGGCAUGCCUAGAUACGGCGCGCGCAGAAACUUACUUUUAGGUUCACGCAUUGCCGCUCCUGCGUUGUAUACUUCCGGAGAGGACGGUGUGUCGGUGCCUGGUGGAGAGCGAUCUCACACCAGCAUUAACGAGAUAGAGUCUCGUAUUGCUAGGGACGAGGCGCGAUUGAGGGAGUUGCAUGACACAUUGGACAGGGAGCGCGCAAGAAUUAUGGCGGAUGGUGGACAAGGAGGCGCACCGAAUCGUAACUGUUACAACUGCAGCCUUUUGGGACAUUUUGCUCGAUGGUGUCCCUUUCCACGCAACAAUGGGUAUGGAGGUGCUCCAAGGAACGACGGAUACGCGCAGGGUAACGGAGGUGGACAGCGCAAUGAUGGGUACGUGCAGGGGCGUCCGAUACUACCGCCGCCGCUGCCUCCACUUCAACCACUCCAGCAGGCUCCUGCGCUGCAAGCGUCUUCUUCGAACGUGCAACCACCGAUUCUGCAGGGACCUGCUCCAGCUUCCGCGGUCUCCAACGCCAUCAUCCCUUACCAACCCCCUCGCUUCAAUGGGGGGAACGCUCCUCGAGUUUGGAACAAUCGCCCGCAGCAGCCGAGUGAGGGUGAGGCGAUGCAGAUCUUACGAGAGAUGUGGAACGACCGGCGGAAAGAGAGAGAAAGGAGGCGGGAAGAAGAUGACCGUAGGAUGAGGGAAGAACAGGCGAGGCAAGCACGGGAGGAAGAGAAAAAAAGACUAGAGGAGGAGGAGAAGAGGGAAGCCGAUCAUGAGGCGAAAUUGGCUAGAAUCUUCCGAGAGCAGAUGGAGGCUAUGGAAGCCAACAAAAAGAAGGAUGGUACAUUUGACACAAGCAAGACGAAUUGGGAGAAGAUUGAUCCUGCUGCACAGGAGGGUGAAGCAAAGAAAAUGGGCGAAGGGAGUGAGAACAAGAAGCGCGAUCAAGGUGCUAUGGCUGGCAAUGGGAAUUCCUCCCUGCAGCAAGGUAGUGGGAGGCCAAGGGUUGAGAAUGGAACUACCCCUCUCAACACUGGCCUGCUUAGAAUGGAUAUUGACGGUGUUAGGAAAGCGCAAGAAGCGCAAUCAUGUAUGUUCCAGCAGAUGUUAGGAUGCCUCGAAGCUAUCAAGCAGCAAGAAGCGGUUCUGGCCGCUAACGAGAUUUCUCCUCAGUUUCAGGCACAAGGCGUGCCUCCUUUUCCGAAUGUCAACCCACCUGCUGCCGCUUCCAGCGCUCCUGCCCCUCCAAUCUACCAUCCUCCUCCAGUCCCUCCACCUCCUAUCCCCGCUUCCCAACCAACAGCUUCGCAACCAUCUGCUUCCCAACCUCCCCCUCCCCCUCCCCCUGCUAACCCUCCUUCUGCCCAUGGUUCACCUGUUCCCACUACCACUCCAUCCAAUCCUCCUCCACCUGCCCCUACUAGACGAACGGCAGCAACGAAACCUGGUCCCUCUAGGGUCCGAAUGGACCAUUCCGAGACCCCCUCAAGCAGAUUCUCAGCCUGGCUAGCAAGGAUGUUUGCCUAUGUGGCUGGGAAUGGCGGCAAAAGGCGUACGUCUGGCGUUACGAUUAGAGAUGAACCACCCCAGCAAGAAAUGGGGUUUGAUCGAAUUAACCGUGGAAAGAAGGCAGUGGUUGCCGGCCCUGGCAAGGAAGGAAGGAGGAAAUACAUUAAGGAGUUGACCAAAGUGCUGUUUGGGAAAACUAAACACGAGCUUGAAGAGCUCUGCAAGAAGGAUAAGAUUAAGUAUGUGAACAAGAAGAUUACCAGCGCUGCGCUGGCAUGUCUGCGUGCUGUGGAGGCCUAUGGCGAGUACGAGGAUGAGGAGGAGGAGGAAGACUCUGAGGAGGAUGUUCAAGAAGAGAACCCUUCGUAAUGAUCUGUUGACGUCCGUUCCUCCUGGGCUUCUCUCGAAAGAGCUAGAUCUGAGCGGAAGAGGAUCGGUUGGCAUGGUAAGGAAGCAUUCGAUC